UGACAGCUGCAGCAACAACCAGCUCCGACUCCUGGAGGAUCUCUGCACAUAUCGAGGAAGAUUUCUUCUCAAUUUUGCAUCGAGAGGACAUAUUUGGGUUCAACUGAAUAUUAAUGUCAUUUUGCGGAACACAAAACAGCGGGCGCCGUAGCAAAUGGGACCAGCCUGGUCCCGGCUCUGGCCCCGGGUCCGGCUCCGGGGGGAUGUCGGAGGCUGAAGCUGCGCCCACCGGAGCUCUGGAUGCUGCAGCGGCGGUGGCCGCCAAGAUCAACGCUAUGUUAGUGGCCAAAGGCAAACUCAGACCCUCGCAGAUAGGACACCCAGGGCCACCUGAGAAGGUUAUGGGUGUUGGAAAACCUCAAGUGCCGUCAAAAGCCAAAGAUGACCUGGUGGUAGCAGAAGUUGAGAUCAAUGACGUCCCAAUUACUUGCCGAAAUCUCCUGACACGAGGGCAAACGCAGGAUGAGAUCAGUAAAGUGAGUGGAGCUGCAGUUUCAACCAGAGGGCGUUACAUGACAGGAGAAGAGAAGGGCAAAGCACUUCCAGGGGAUCGACCUCUGUAUUUGCAUGUUCAAGGACAGACGAGAGAGCUUGUUGACAGAGCAGUUAAUAGAAUCAAGGAGAUAAUCACUAAUGGUGUGGUGAAGGCUGCAACAGCUUCACCAUCCUCUUCGUCUUUCUCCCCAAGCGGGGCCUCGGUCACAGUUUACAAUCAACAUAACCCACCUCCGCCCACACUGCCUCCUUCGACCAACCACAAACCUCACUUUCAGUCAGGGAUGCACUAUGUUCAAGAUAAGGUUUUUGUAGGUCUGGAGCAUGCUAUCCCAGGGUUUGUGGUCAAAGAGCGAGUCGAGGGCCCCGGUUGUUCAUACCUGCAGCACAUCCAGGCUGAGACGGGGGCCAAAGUCUUCCUCAGAGGAAAAGGAUCAGGAUGUCUGGAGCCGGCAUCUGGACGAGAGGCCUUUGAACCCAUGUACAUUUAUAUUAGUCAUCCUAAACCAGAAGGACUAGCAGCAGCAAAAACCUUGUGUGAGAAUCUCCUCCAGACAGUCCAUGCAGAGUACUCUCGAUACCUUAAUCAGAUGAGCACAAUGAUGCCAACGCAGCAAGGCUUUGCUCAGCCUCCAAUAGUGAACGGAUUACCUCCUCAGGCAUCUUACUACCCCCCAGCUGGGUUCCAGCCCGGCUACCCUAUGCCUGUACCCCCACCUCAGCCUCAACCCCUCCCUACAGCGUAUAGUGUACCACCUCCUGUCCCACCAGGGGCACCCGCAGGUGUGCCUUCUCAGUACCCUCUCCGCCCGGCCCCUGCUCCAACAUCAGCCCCUGUUCAUGCCCCUGCUUCCAUCCCUGCUCCUUCUAUGCCUCCUGUUCCUGCUCCUGCUCCAGAUAUCCUGCAACGGACUCUUCCUCCUGCACAUUUUCCUCUCUCUGCUACAGCCCCACCCAAAGGUCCACCUCCCUCCGCUCUAGGCUCCCAACCACAGAAAAGGCGCUUCACGGAGGAAGUACCAGACGAGAGGGACAGCGGCUUAUUUGGAUACCAGCAUGGACCCAUUCAUAUGACUAAUUUAGGUGCAGGCUUCUCAAUGGGCGGCCCAGAUACGACAGGACCCCCACCACCAAGUUCCUCUGGCCUGGGGAGUGAGAGGGACAGUCGGCAGCUAAUGCCUCCGCCACCAUCCAUGCCUGUGAACGGAGUGCGGCCUAAGAUGGAAGAGAGGAGGGCACCGCAAGGUCCUCUGGAGCCUUCAGUGAAAAGACUGAGAACAGGUUUGGUAGCGUACACUGGCGACUCUUCGGAUGAAGAGGAAGACCACCCAACGUCCAGGCCCUCGGGGUCAGGUAACCCUGGACCAGUUUCCCCAAACUCCAUCUCUUCAGGCUGGGGACAGGGCUACCGAUGCCCCCCUCCGCAGCCCCCUCGGGCCAAAACGCAGCCACAACAACAGUCUAUGCCAUUCUGGAUGGCCCCAUAAGAAACACAGAAGGGACAUCCGUCUCUGUCAGGGCUCUCGGCAAAGUUUCAAGAACUUUCACCGAAAAGUAGCCUCUAUUUUUCAACCAAUAAUCACUCAUUGAUCACGUGGAUCAUUCUGGACUGCUUUAAGUUGGUCCACAUAGACACACUAAUGUUUGUAUAAAUCAUUUUUUUUCCAUCCCCUCUAUGCUCACACUUUUGAUGAUGAACUUGAACAAGACUGACAAGACCCUAUUCUGUGGAUGUACAGAUAGGGUGCGUCCCAAUACUCCCCCUCGCCCUCCUUUUCUUCCCUAACCCUAACUUUUGCGCGUUCCCGUGAAGGUAGUGGUGUCCCAAUUCCUCUUUUCACCUAGGGGGAGGGGGCAUAACGAGGGCUAGGGGCUGAGAAUAGCCCCUUCAAAUCGAGGGAUUUCAGAUGCUGACUUGGCGAGCGAGGGGGUAUGAAAAAAAGAGGCUCUGCGUCGAUUUGACUCGCCGACCGAAGGCAAACAGGCAGACUGGUCUCAGAGAAAUAGAGAGAAAUAAUCCUGUGACUCGUCAGAUUUGUUUUGGAUGUUUCUGAUAUUAUAGUCUUCAGAAACCACAAAGUAAUCCAGCUGUUAUCUGGGUAAUUUACACACUUUCAGAUAAAGUUGCGGAAGAUCACGCCAGAAUAAAGGGAUUUAUGGUUCCGCGUUACACCAACGCAGAGCCUACGGCGGAGGUUACGCAACCUACGCCGUAGGCUCUGCGUCGAUUUAACGCGGACCCAAGCUCCGGACCCGGCAGACAGAAAUCUCUAAAUUUCGGAGCAAAUUUCUUAACAGGCGUAGCUACAACUGUUAGAUUUCAUCUAUUAAACCAACAUAUUCCUAAAUGAUUUAUUUCAGCCGGCGUGAUUCUCAACAGAGCUGCGUCCCGGGAGAGAGUGUCUCUCCCGGGGCUGACGGAGCAGCCUGACCCGGCGGAAACGUCUCUUCUCGGGCUGUGAGCUGAGGCUGCUCCCCGGGGCCGGCGGCUCUUCUCAUCUCCGAAAACAUCGGGUCAAAUUUCUUAACAGGCGUUAUUUGGAUAAACUGAGUCCCGGUUGGGGAUCUUAAGGUUACCAUUAUACCUGAAAAAAUAUUAAAACUUAAUAAAGUGCCAUAUUAACAGCGCUACAGCUGAAAUUAAAACAGCUUUUGGCUCUCAGCUUCCUGAUCAGGGAAGGGAUGAAAACGAGGGGUAGGGGGAGAAUUGGGACAGGCACCUGGGCCAAGUGCCCUAGAUCUCAAGUGCCCUAAAAUCUCCCCCUUCUUUUUUAGGGCUUAGGGAAGAAAAGAAGUGCGAGUGGAGAAAAGAAGGGCGAGUGAAGGAGAAUUGGGAUUGGGCCAUAAUGACCGCCAUUCUGCCUCCAGUUCUCUUCUUCUUUUUUUUUUUUUUUUUUUUUUUUUUCAACCACAACUUGUGAAGAAUCUGAGCAGUGUCUUUCAAAAAUAUAGAAAUGUAACAGGACAAAGAUCCUGAUCACUGGCCAGUUUUGUUUAUUUUUUUCUUUUUGUCCCCUUUUCUGUCACUUUUUUUUCAUCAACAUGACAUCUUUUCCUAAGCCAAUUCUUUUUUGUACAGAUCAUAUUGGGGAUACUUUAGUAGAUUUACUGAAUUCAUUUCAGGCCUUUAUGAAAUAAAAGUUAAUUUAUUGUUGUGUCUAAGAAUGUUGUUUAUAUUGCUACAUUUUCAUAUUGAAG